GAGGAUGAACAGAGUAGGUGACAGAACGCAGCCUUGAGGGACACCAGUGGUUACAUACGAGAUGUCAGAACAAUUGCCAUCGCAACAACUUAUUUUACUUUAUCUGCAAAUUGAAGCUGAAUUUUUCACAAUGUCGCAAAAUUCGUCUUUCGUAGAAUACUUAAACAAAGGGCCGGAACCAAUUGGGCUAAGUUAGUGAGAAGUAAGCUGAGAGAGAUUCGCUAACUUUGCUAGUCCUGCUUUUCAUAGAUGAUGACUAUAUAUUUCUAUCGAAGUUGUGGCGCCAAAAAAUUAUAAGGAAUCCCUCUAACUUUACUUGUCUUACCUUCCAUAGAGUACGACAGUUGGUACUGGAAUCGAAUUUCGGGCGCCAUCAAACCCAGGCCGAGGUGCCAUCUCCUUGCAAACGCCGCUUUGAUAACACAUGUUAGUCUAUCAGAUGACAAUGGCUAGUGAUAACGUUAAGAUUGCGCGUCCCGUCGGGUAGGCUUUUCCAGACUUAUGCUGCUAUACCUGUAUUAUGAUAGUAAUUUUAAAUGUCAGUGUCUCCCUUUGACGUGCCGCCCGCUAACGCCACUUACGGCGGCCCUGAUUAUGGUAAUCCUUAAGAAUUAUCUGAUAAAUUUUCCUAUUCGCUACUAUAGGCUCUGGCUCACUUCACUGGGGCGCCUGGCUUGAGACGCCACGUGCUCUUAAUGUCUGGACACAGUCAGAACCAGUGCAGUAAAUUGGACAGUAAUCAUGGAGGGAGAAAGAGAAAAUAGUAAGGCUGAUGGCAUAGCGCCUGAAAAUGGUGACGCACCAAAUAUCACCGAGGCGCCCAGUGCACACAGCUCAGCAGACGAACCAGAAGCUGCAGCUGGUAGAAAAGGAAGUCAGUUUGAGCAACGCAAGGGCAGCGUGUUCGACAAGCCGAUAGACCUGGACUAUGUGCUGGUGAACGAGAUAGGCCAGUUCGGCCGCUACCAGAUGUUCAACUUGUUGCUCGUCUCCGUCCCCAUCAUCAUGUCGGCCUUCAUGAGCGAGUACAUCUUCUCUGCCGCCGCUAUCCCGCACAGAUGCCGAAUACCUGAAUGUGGAGAAACGACUAAACUCGAAACUUUCCAUCCGAAAUGGGUUCUUCACGCAAUUCCUCCGGCCGACAACAACAAUGGGUUCGCGAGCUGCGCGCGGUACACGUCCGUAUUCAACAACGGCUCCCUGGACUACUGUCCCCCUUAUCUAUUUUCAAACAACGAACAGGGAUGUGAUAACUUCGUCUACGCCAGAGACAAUUCUUGUGUUUAUGACUUCGAUUUGGGUUGUCAAGACUGGCUCCGUGCUUUAGCUGGCACUUUGAACAGCGUGGGUACUCUACUGGUGCUGCCUAUUGCUGGCUAUAUAUCCGAUACGUUUGGAAGGCGUGUGGCGCUCGUGAUCAGUGUCGUCAAUCUGGCUCUCUUUGGUAUCAUCAGAGCCUUCUCCGUCAACUACCCCAUGUACCUGGCCUUCCAGUUGCUGCAAACUACUUUUGGCGCCGGAACUUUCAGCUCUUCAUAUAUCUUUGCUACGGAGUUCGUUGGCCCCAAGUACCGAGUGCUGACAAGUGCAACCUGUACUUCGAUGUUUGCUACCGGUCAGGUGAUAAUGGGCCUAGUAGCCUGGGCCAUUCAGCCCUGGAGAUAUAUGAUCCUUGCGCUACACAUCCCCUGCUUCAUUAUCAUCGCAUACUAUUGGAUAUUACAAGAGAGUGUGAGGUGGCUACUGUCACAAAAGAAGUUUGAUCAAGCUAAAGAUGUGCUGCAGCGAGUGGCGAGACGGAACAGAAAACAGAUUAGUGAGAAGUCUAUGCAUGCGUUGAUGAACCCGCCCGAGCCAGUGAAGGUAGUAGAGGAUGGGGAUGAGCCAAACCUCUUCCAAGCCAUUUUCCGCUCAGGUGUACUUCUGCGACGUGUCUGCACCACUCCCAUCUGGUGGAUCACCACCACCUUCGUGUACUACGGCCUGUCCAUCAACGCCACCAGCCUGUCGGACUCCAUGUACUUGAACUACAUCUUGACUUGCGCCAUCGAGAUCCCUGGCUUCUACACGGCUGUGCUGAUCCUCGACAGAAUCGGCAGGAAGCCCACGCUGUCCGGCGGGUACCUGUUCAGCGCCGCCUGCAACAUCGCCUUUGCUUUUAUACCCAGUGAUCUAUCGACACUCCGUCUGGUGGUAUACCUGAUGGGCAAGUUCGGUAUAUCAAUGGUGUUCACAUCGCUGUACCUGUACACCUCGGAGCUGUACCCCACGCAGUACCGGCACCGACUGCUCGCCUUCUCCUCCAUGGUGGGCCGCAUCGGCUCCAUCACCGCUCCGCUCACACCAGUGCUCAUGGACUACUGGGAAGGUAUACCGUCCGUAAUGUUCGGUGGUAUGGCUGUACUGUCUGGUAUCCUGGUGCUGACACAGCCGGAGACGCUGGGCACAAAGAUGCCUGACACCCUCGCGGAAGCAGAGGCCCUCGGCAAGCCAGAAUCUAAAAUAAAAACCUGAAAGCACACUCAAUGUACCUUAACACUAGAUGUAAGAGUAACGUUAGUUCGACAUUGCUUCAUCAUAUCAUAUGCAAGUUAUUUGACGAAGGUAUUAUUGUCUUAUUCUAAACAGUAAGCAUAAAUGGAUCAUGAUUAAAUCAUCUUAAAUUUGUGGUUGACCGAAUCUUACGAAGAAAAUUAAAAGCCAUUAGAAUCCAUGACAAAAGCCCGAGUAUAUAGUGAGAAGUAGGCUGAACAUGAACACGGGUAAAACUAGGAUGACGACAAAUUUAGUUGCCGUAGACAUUACUACCAAAUUAUUUGUCACUUGGUAGUUUUUCAACUUGAAUAUGUAGACGAAUGUGUUUAUAUCGGCCAGAUAAUAAUAAAUAUCAUCAAAAGAAAUAGACAUAAGUAUUUCAGCGGGAUGGAAAAAAUACUGGGCUUUGGAAAAGUUUAUGAAAUGUAAGACAAUAGGCAUUAAGAUCAUAAAGUAUCACCAGUAUUUUAACAUGCAUUACAUAAUUAUGGCUGUGAAACCGGGGCUUUAAGAAAACACGGUAGGCAUACAAUUGGAAAAUGUCAGCGAAUUAUGGAAAGUAGCUAGUUCUGAAAGUAAAGGACAAAUUAAAAUGUAUAGACAUUAGAUAUAAAACGAAAAUAAUGUUAGAAGGUUGAUCGACUGAAGCGGAGGUAGACUGAAGCAUAUACACUGGAGUAUGAAUAAGAAAGAAAAAUGGAACAAACUGGUAACAAUAUAUUUGGCACUAGGAGUUGACGUCGUGGAUGAGAAGAUGGGACAGUGCCCAGAAAAUGGCGGCAGAUAGAAAGCACUAGAAAGAAUUACAGAAGGCCUUUGCUGUGAGGCAGACAGUUUGUAAUUUAAAUGUACUUAAUAAUAUGUAAAACAUGAACAUUUCAGAAAUAAAGCCGUAUUUACUAUA